GGCGGCGGCGGCGGCGGCGGCGCCGCCGCUGGGGCCUUGUGCGGUAGCUGCUGGCUCGCCGCCGCCAUGGGUAAGGACUAUUACCGCACGCUGGGCCUGGCCCGCGGCGCCUCCGACGAGGACAUCAAGCGCGCUUACCGCAAGCAGGCGCUGCGCUACCACCCCGACAAGAACAAGGAGCCCGGCGCCGAGGAGCGCUUCAAGGAGGUGGCCGAGGCCUACGACGUGCUCAGCGACCCCAAGAAGCGCGAGAUCUUCGACAAAUAUGGCGAGGAAGGGCUGAAAGGCGGCGGCCCCACGUGCGGCCCCGGCGGCUCCAACGGCCCUUCCUUCAGCUACACCUUCCGCGGCGACCCGCACGCCAUGUUCGCCGAGUUCUUCGACGGCCGCAACCCCUUCGACACCUUCUUCGCGCAGCGCAACGGCGGCGACGACGACAUGGACGUCGACGACGCCUUCACCUCCUUCCACAUGGGCGGCUUCGGCAACGUCGGCUUCGCUCGCUCGCGCGGCGGCGGCCAGGAGAGCAUCUGCCGCAAGCAGGACCCCCCUGUCCUCUACGACCUCAAGGUCUCCCUGGAGGAGAUCUACACGGGCUGCACCAAAAAGAUGAAAAUCUCCCACAAACGCCUCAAUCCCGACGGGAAGACGGUCAGGAACGAGGACAAGAUCCUCACCAUCGAGGUGAAACGAGGUUGGAAAGAAGGCACCAAAAUCACUUUCCCCAAAGAAGGCGACCAGACGCCCAACAACAUCCCCGCUGACAUCAUCUUCGUCGUCAAAGACAAGCCGCACGGCGUCUUCCGCAGGGACGGCUCGGACGUUAUUUACCCAGCCAAAAUCAGCCUCCGCGAGGCCCUGUGCGGCUGCACGGUGAACGUACCCACGCUGGACGGCCGCACCAUCCCCAUGAUUUUCAAGGACGUCCUGAAACCCGGCGUGAAACGGCGCGUGCCCGCCGAGGGGCUCCCUUACCCCAAAAACCCCGAGCAGCGGGGCGAUCUCAUCAUCGAAUUCGACGUCAGGUUCCCCGACAGGAUCCCUCCCGCCUCCAAGACCAUCCUGGAGCAGGUCUUGCCCAUAUAGCACCUCCUGCUUUAAGGACUCGGGUAGAGCUUCAGGGGUGACGAUGCUUCCUUGGAUUUUUUUUCUUUUAUUUUUUAUUUUUUUGGGGAGGAGGACCAAACUGGGUGUUUUUUUGGGGGGGCAGGGGGCACAGGAGGGGGGAUUCAGUCUCGCCCCGCUGAGCGGAGCCUUCAGGCGUCUUCCCCCGGCGACGAUCUCGCCGCCUUCGCGCCCCCCCCUUGUUUUUUUGCCCCCCGACCGCAGAGCGCGCUCUGAAAACACCUCGAGGGGACUCCAGCGUGGCCUUUCCGCCUGUUGCUCCCCCGGCGGGGUGUGUGUGUGUGCGCGCGGAGGGGGGUGUUGCUCUUCCUCGGAUCAGCCCCCCCCCCCCCCCCCCCUGUUCACCUGGAAUUUGAUACUUUUAAAAACAAAACCAAAAUGCUCCUGUUAACACCGGGAUUUUUUUGAACCUCGAGUUGGCUCCCCGGUGUCGGCUGCUCCCUGUGUUCCUACCGCCCCCUCUCUGCUCCCUCCGGAGAAUCGCUGCGAGGAAGAGGAGGAGGAGGAGGAGGAAGAGGGGGGUAGGGGGGGAAAUUUCCGGCGCCUCAAGCUUCCUUCGAAGGCCUCUUCCGCCUUCGGAUCCGGGCCGUGGCUCCGGCUUUUAUCCUUUGCGGAUAAAAGGGUGGAUUUGUUGUUGUCGCUGGCGCGGCCGCUCCUGGUCCAGGAGCGACUCCCGGGCACUCGUGUACAGAUAAAAACUUGUGGUUUUUUUUUGUAUAAAUCUCUGUAAAGUUGACAUGUAAUUAGUUAAAAAAAAAAAGAAAAAAAAGUUGGAAUUAGA